AUGCAUCAUUAUGGUUACCCAUCUGCUGCUUACCUGGGCGACGCUGAGAUCAUAGAGCUGCUCAUCCUGUCAGGGGCACGAGUGAAUGCCAAAGAUAAUAAAUGGCUCACUCCUCUUCAUCGGGCCGUAGCUUCCUGUAGUGAGGAGGCUGUGCAGGUGCUGCUGAAACACUCGGCGGAUGUGAAUGCACGGGAUAAGAACUGGCAGACGCCGCUGCAUGUGGCCGUGUCCCAUAAAGCCGUGCGCUGCGCAGAGGCGUUAGUCCCAUUGCUAAGUAACGUCAACGUGUCGGACCGCGCCGGACGUACGGCUCUACACCACGCGGCCUUCAGCGGACACCUGGAGGUGAAUGAGAAGGGCUUCUCCCCGCUGCACUUCACCGCUGCAUCCCGCCAGGGGGCGCUCUGUCUUGAGCUGCUCAUCGCCAACAGAGCCAACGUCAACAGCAAGAGUAAAGAUGGUAAAACUCCUCUCCACAUGGCAGCCAUUCACGGGCGAUACUCCAGAUCACAGGCCAUCAUUCAGAACGGCGCAGAGAUCGACAGCGAGGACGAGAACGGAAACUCUCCACUUCAUAUAGCGGCUCGUUACGGUCACGAGCUGCUCAUCAACACUCUCAUAACUAACGGUGCAGACACGGCAAAGCGGGGCAUCCACGGUAUGUUCCCGCUGCAUCUGGCGGCUCUGAGCGGAUUUUCAGACUGCUGCUGGAAACUGCUCUCCUCAGGUUUUGAUGUCGACACGCCGGAUGACUUUGGCAGGACGUGUUUGCAUGCUGCAGCUGCAGGAGGGAAUCUGGAGUGUUUAAAUCUGUUGCUCAACACAGGUGCGGACUUUAAUAGGAAAGACAGAUUUGGGAGGAUGGUGCUGCAUUACGCUGCUGCUAACUGUAACUAUCAGUGUGUGUUUGCUCUGGUGGGCUCCGGGGCCAGUGUGAACGAGCGGGACGUCAGGGGCCGCAGUCCACUGCACUACACCGCUGCCGCAGACUCGGACGGCAAGUGUCUGGAGUAUCUGUUGAGGAAUGAUGCGAAUCCAGCUCUCAGGGAUAAAGACGGAUACAGCGCCGUUCACUACGCCUCAGCGUACGGCCACCGAGUGUGUCUGGAGCUGAUCGCCAAUGAAACACCGUUAGAUGUGCUGACAGACACGUCUGCAUCAAGCAUCCUACAUGACACAGACAUCCAGCCUCCCAUCAGCCCUUUACACCUAGCGGCGUAUCACGGUCACCAUCACGCUCUGGAGGUUCUGGUGCAGUCUCUGCUGGAUCUGGAUGUGAGGACGCCGCAGGGUCACACGGCUCUCAGUCUGGCGGCGUUUAAGGGUCACGUGGAGUGUGUGGAUAUUCUGAUCAAUCAGGGCGCGUCCAUGAUGCUGAAGGACUACACACACAAGAGGAGCGCCGUACACUCCGCAGCCAUGAACGGUCACUCUGAGUGUCUGCGUCUGCUCAUCCACAGCAGUGACCAGCAGACGGCCGUCAGCAUGCGUGAUGGGAAGGGACAGACUCCUCUGAUGUUGGCGGUUCUGGGUGGACACACAGAUUGUGUGUAUCUUCUGUUGAGUGAAGGAGCCGGUGUGGAGGCCAGCGAUAAAUGGGGCAGGACGGCCCUCCACCGCGGGGCAGUGAUGGGUCACCAGGGGUGUGUGGAGGCGCUGUUGCAGCACGGCUCCAGUCUGCUGGUUCAGGACAGCAGGGGGCGCUCUCCUAUGCACCUGGCGGCUGCCUGCGGUCAUGUGGGGGUCCUGAGGGCCCUUCUGAAGGCCCAGAAGACCGUCCUCGUCCUCAAGGACAACUGUGGUUACACACCGCUGCACUGGGCCUGUUAUAACGGUCAUGAUGCGUGUGUGGAGCUGCUGUUAGAGUACGAUGUGUUUCACAGGCCGGAGGGAAACUCCUUCAGUCCGCUGCACUGCGCCGUUAUUAGUGAUAAUGAGUCUGCGGCUGAGAUGCUGAUAGAGACUUUAGGUCCUGCGGUUGUAAACGCCACCGACUCUCAGUCCAGGACUCCGCUUCACGCCGCGGCGUACACCGAUCACGGGGAGUGUCUGCAGCUGCUGCUGGGUCACAACGCUCAGGUCAAUGCCAUCGACAUGCUGGGAAAAACAGCGCUCAUGAUGGCCGCCGAGAACGGACAAACUAACGCCGUCGAGGUGCUGGUGAGCAGCGCUAAAGCUGAUAUGACAUUACAGGACGCUCACAGAAACACAGCCCUGCAUCUGGCCUGCAGUAAGGGACAUGAAACCAGUGCCUUGUUAAUUCUUGAGAAGGUGACGGACAGAAACCUCAUAAACUGCACAAAUGCCGCGCUGCAGACGCCGCUGCACGUCGCUGCUCGUCACGGACUGACGGUGCUCGUACAGGAGCUGCUGGGUAAAGGAGCCAGUGUCCUCGCCGUGGAUGAGAACGGUUACACUCCAGCUUUGGCUUGCGCCCCAAACAAAGACGUGGCCGACUGUUUGGCUCUGAUCCUCUCCUCCAUGAUGCCCAUCUCUCCCAGCAGCACCGGCACCAUGUCCAGCCUCACCUUUACCACCAUCAACCACUACUCCAGCCCAUCCAAGACCGUGACCUUUGACCCUUUACCUGUGCUGCGCUCCAAGCACGUCUCCUACCGCAAAUUCAACAGCCUUGGCCGCGAGGACGGCCUCAUCAUCCCCGAUGACGAACUCAACGAUUCAGACUCAGAAACGUACUGAAAACACACCCCCUCCCGCCCCUCAGUGUCUUAAUCUAACACCUCAUUGGCUGAAAGGUGACUAUAUGCUAAUUAGGGUCGUCCCUUUAUGACCGGUGUGGCCGAAGUCUCAGGAGAAAGUGGAAAAACAGGAAAAUAAUGCCACAGAAAUGGCCCACACUACAGUCCAGUUUGUUUAUUCUCUACAGUAUCGAGCUGUUUGAACCCUCAAGCAUGACUAAAACUCAUUAUUUUAAAGCCAAGUUCAUUUUAUGAGAAGCAAACGGCUCAUAUUGACAGCUGUGGGACUGUAAUUCCCAGCAUUCAUGUGAAACACGAGGAGGCGAAACUAAACUAAAGACGUCAGGGACCAAGAGCUGCAGACUCUACUUUUAUCCCCGUUUGUGCAUGAAGAUUGGAUUUGGGUUUGCAUCACCAUGGAUUAUUUAUUAUGAAAAAAUGAAGAGCAAAAAAAGCCUUUCAGGCUUCAAACGGAGUAUUUAUUCCUCUGCUGUUGUGAGGAAUUAUAGCGUUCUUCCUGCUGUGUGUGAGAGAGAUUGUGAAUUUGAAUGUGUGUGUGUGUGUGUGUGUGAUUAUUUUAUAAGAGUUUA